UUGCAUUGCACAAAGACCAACGAAUGCUGCUUCAGAAAAUGUAAAAAGCCACGCUCAGCUCAAAAACUCGCUUCUCAUAAAAAAUCGUUUUUCCUAUUUUUGCUUCUCUCCCCACUCUUCCUCCCCGCGCGGAGAAGAGAGAGAGAGAGAGAGAACGCGAUUUUUUCCCUCUUCCCCCAAAAAUAGCUACGAAAGAGGGUAAAAUACUAAAAUCCUCUUCCUCUAUUUUUCUUCUACUAGGGUUUUCUCUUCCGCCAUUGAUGGCAUCACCCUAAGCUCCCGCCCCUUCUUCUCCACAGGCAUUGCCCUCAGAUCACUUCCAUUCCCCAAUUCCGCUCCGAUUCCGUCGUUUCUAGGGUUCUCGUCGAUCCAGAUUUGCGGCUUUUUUAUUUUAUACUUUUUCAUUCUCGAUGGUAUGUUCCCUUGGGAUUGGAAGAAUGGAAGUCAUGGCAAAGUUUCUAGCUGCUGGGAGUUUCUCCCAAACCAUUGCAGAUGACUUUGGCAGGUCAGCUGCUGAGUAUAUUUGCAGAGAACUACGUGAGGCAGAUGAAGCAAAUUUACUUGAUGAAGAAGAUAUGCAUGUGUAUGGUCAGAGUCCUAUGACUGAUCUAUUGCAGCUGGUAUGCUGUAACUUUUGCAAGAAACCAAUCAAGGAUAGCCAGUAUGCCAGUCAUGCAGAACUUUGUAGGUCAUUAAAGCUUACAGAACAAACUAGCUUGGAGCUUGAUGGCAGCACAGGGAAUCGAAAACCUCCCAGGAAAGAAAAGAAAAAGUUAUCAACUUCAUGUGCACCUGCUGCAGUUCGGGAGCAGAGGAAAUAUGAAUCUAUGGAUAAUAUUGAUACUGGUGCAUCACAAUCACCCUUGAACAGUCAAGUCAGAGUGACUGCCUUCUCAAAUGUAGCGAAAGAUGCGACACCUAUGAUGGAGGAUACAAGAACUAAUCCUGGAAAUAGAGAUCACCCAGCUUCUGUAAUGAAUCCUCCAACUAAACGUCGUAAAGCGACAGCCAGCACAUAUCUACCUUUACCCGAAACUCAUGUAACAGAAUAUGGAGUGACAAAAACUGCGAGCUUCACAGAUGGAUUUACAUGCAAGGAUUUGCUUGACAGAACUGUUUCUGAACAUGAAGACCUCAACCAGAAAAACCUUGGGCUGGUCCAUGAGCAACUCACGGCGAAGAAUGAUUUUCCUGCACCCCUUGCUACAAAGAUAUAUUAUUCACAAAGGAGAAAUCGAUUGCGUGCUUCAAUUCGUCAUCUAUAUUUCCAGAACAUGUGUGAGGAAUUACAUCAUGAUGUAAGUCAAAAUAUGUCACCAGUACAAGAUUCAAGUCAAAUGAACCCUUCAUUUGAAAGAAUGGAUAAUGUGCCGAACAAGGAGAGCAAUUCACCAGCCUUGUGUCAGGCACAAAAUUCUUGUCAGAUUCUUGCAAAAAGCUCAGAAAUAUCCAUGCUUAAAGAAGGUCCGCCAAGUGGUGGCUUGUCGAAUCAGUUUCUUGUUGAUAAUGUUUCAAGGUCUGCAGCUACCCAUACGGGUUUGACAAGAAGCAACUUUCUUUCAAAACCUUAUUCUUUUGCUAGCAACACAGGAAAUCCUCUCGGAACAAUACAACAACCAAACGGGAGUGUUCCUGUGAUUUAGUAACUUCGAUGGGAUUUUUUUGCUAGGUGGUACAGGUAACCAAUACGAGGUUAGGAUUUAGCUCCAUUUUUGAAGUUGAUAGAGUAAAUUACUCAAAUUGUGCAUCCUGUCAUCUACUCUGUAAAUGAAACUUACCUUUGUUAUAUAAUGGUUGGAAAUGAAGAAAUUAUUAAUUCUUCAAAUUUCGUGAUUUUGUUGCUGACUCCCGAAAGUUGGGUUUCUUUUUCUAAUCUGAUUAACUUCAUAACACUUUGGACCUUUUAAUAAAAUGGAAGGCAGAAUGCUUGGUGGCAACAGGCACGCUGACAUCAUUCAUGUUAUUACAAGAUUUUCCAAUAUAAGUAAAUUUUCUUAUUUUUAGAGUAUUCUCAAAAGCAAAACAAGAUUAUGUCUUUAGAUGAUAUGCUCUAUGUGAUUUAUCCAGGAUCAAGUGUUGCUAAAUUUGCAAGUACAGCAAAUUUUGCAACCAUUCCGAGUAUUCAGAAAAGUAUAUCCUAAAUGAGCUGUUAGGAGGAUUCUGUCU